AGGGCAAGGGGUGGGGCUCACACUGGAGACUGCAACCCCUCCCUUACCACCCUGCUCCCUGGAUUUGCUGUGUGCUCAACAUCUGGGGCAUCAUUCUCUACCUGCAGUUGCCUUGUAUUGCUGCUCAGGCCAGCAUGGGUAUGAGCUCAGAGCUCUCCUGGGCAGUAGGAAGGGAUGUGCAUAUAUGAAUAAAUUCCCAUCCUCACCCCAGGGCUCACAUGGCUCAUCAUCCUGUUCUUGGCCUCAGUCAUACUGUCACCAGAUUGUCUAUCUCAGCCAUCUCCAGCAACGGCAAAAUCAAGGCUGGCUCCUGUAUGAUUCAACGUGCUUCAGAAAAUAGGACUGACAUGGGUGUGCAGAAUGGGAGCCGCCUGGGCGCAAAGUGCCAGUAUGGCUGGGAUUUCAGCAGUUGUCAAGAGCAAGGGUCUUGCCUCUAUGGGCUCCCUAAUCACUACGAGGUGAGUGAACCAGAGCGGAAGUGUAGAGAGAGAAACCUUGCCCAUUGCCUGGCAUAGCAUAGAUGUUUAAAUUGAUUAAUUUGGGGCAAAACCUUCAAAGAUGCAAAUAAAUUUUAAUAAGUCUGGGAAAGCUAGGUGAAAAUAUGGGUGGAAUGCAUUACUUUGGAAAUGCAUUGAUUUUUGCCUCUGUCUGCCCUUUUCCUCAGGCCAUGAACAUGAUGUCUGCCUUUAGCCCUCUGAUGUCUGCUGGAAUCUUGAGUGCCACUCUGUUCUGUGCCC